GCAUGCAUGCUGUGCUUGGCUGCUGGGUUUAUUUUAAAUGGGUAAAAUAUCAACCGUUCUGAUCAAGGGAUGUAAAAAAAAAAAAAAAGUUAAAGGCGGUCCUGACAUCGUGCCACACUUCCUAACUAGAUGAGGCUUUGCUGCCGGAAUGUAUGUUGUAAGCUCGGAUCGCAUGGACCCUCCUCACGCUUCAGCUGAAUAUAUAUUAUUUUAUUCAACAUAUGCAGAGAGAGAGAGAGAGAGAGAAAUAGGAGGGGGCUUGUUGCUUUGGUGAUUCACACGUUGCCUACUCCACUGUCUGAGAGCCGCCGUGCGUCCUUUUGGAGUGGGCUGCAAUCUGCAGAUUGUGGUCUCUGUAGCACAGCUCUGCCUUGAGUGAGUGAGUGAGAGGGGGAGAGGGUUUCUAACUAUGUGUGCAGAGUCUGUGGCUCGCUUUCUUUGCACUAUCGUUACUGUUGCGAGACUGGGAUCUUAAAACAAACAGACAAACAAAAAAAGAAUAAAAACAGAUACUGUAACAUUUUACUAUUGAAUGAGCAGAAUGCCGGGGUAGAUUAAGUUGUAUGCCGACUCUCAAAUGUGUCGCAGCCGGAGCAGAGUUACUCUGGUAACCUAUUAACUUUUUUUUUUGCCUGUUGCCUUCAAACUAAUAGCUACCGAGGGUAGUAUGGCUUUGGACGACACACGUGAAAAAAACUUAUCUUUCACGCCAAUGGUAAUGGAAGACACGAUGAGGAACGGCAGGGGCCUUUCAGAUCAGUGGGCGGACACCGUAGUGGUAAGACCCAGGACCACGGAGCGGAACAUCACCGUGCACAAACGACUUGUCCUGGCUUUCGCCAUCUCAAUUCUGACCCUCAUCAUCGUGACCGUCAUCGCUGUGCUGCUCAGUGUCAGAUUCGAGGAGUGCAGCGGCGACAGCACCGCCAGCGCAUCUCAUGCGAACCUCACAAAGUUCAACCAGUCACGGGACGCUCAUUUCAACCACAGGGGCGAAGACUCCUUCCAUCCCUGGCGGCAGUUGAGGUUACCCGGUUCACUGAGACCACUUCACUAUGACCUGCACAUUAUAGUGUUUACGGACAACUUUACUUUCUCUGGAGAAGUCAGCAUUGAACUGCAGUGCCUCAACUCCACAAAGUACAUCGUCCUGCAUGCGGACAGGCUGCUGGUGCAGAAAGCAGUGGUGCACUCAGAGAGCAAGAAGACGAGAGCGCUCAAGAUUCACCGGCACUUCAGAUAUCCAGCGAAUCAAGUUUUUGUUAUCGCUAUGCACAAAGAACUAGAGUCCCAGAAAAAUUACAAAGUGAACAUAACUUUUCACGCGCACAUAGAAGAUGAACUUCUUGGUUUUUUCCGCAGUUCCUAUGUAUUGUACGGAGAAAAAAGGUAUCUUGCAGUAACCCAGUUUUCUCCCACUCAUGCAAGAAAGGCCUUUCCCUGUCUUGACGAGCCUAUCUAUAAAGCAACAUUUAAAAUCAGCAUUAAGCAUGAAAGCACAUAUUUGUCUCUGUCCAACAUGCCGGUUGAAGCCUCGAUUUCUGAAGAUGAUGGAUGGGUCACUGACUAUUUUUUUAGGACUCCUCGAAUGUCCACUUACUAUCUUGCCUGGGCAGUGUGCAAUUUCACAUUCAAGGAAACUGUUACAGAUAGCGGUAUCACAAUACGGCUCUAUGCCAGGCCUGAUGCAAUCCAAAGGGGAUCGGGAGACUAUGCGCUGCAUAUCACAAAGAGACUUCUAGGGUUUUAUGAAGACUAUUUCAAAGUGAAGUAUUCCCUACCCAAACUAGAUCUUUUAGCUGUGCCUAAACACCCUUAUGCUGCGAUGGAGAACUGGGGACUGAGUGUGUUUGUCGAGCAGAAGAUAUUACUGGAUCCAGGAGUCUCAUCAAUUUCAUACUUGAUGGAUGUCACGAUGGUUAUCGUACAUGAAAUAUGCCACCAGUGGUUUGGGGACCUGGUGACACCGGUGUGGUGGGAGGAUGUUUGGUUAAAAGAGGGGUUUGCCCAUUUCUUUGAAUUCUUGGGUGCAGACUUCCUCUACCCAGACUGGCACAUGGAGAAGCAGAGGUUCCUGACGGAUGUUCUACACGAGGUGAUGCUGCUUGACGGCCUGGCCAGCUCCCACCCCAUAUCUCAGGAGGUGCUGAAGGCAACAGACAUAGACAGAGUGUUUGACUGGAUUGCCUAUAAAAAGGGUGCUGCAUUAAUCCGAAUGCUUGCAAAUGUUAUGGGACAGCCAUUGUUCCAGGUGGGAUUAAACGAUUACCUGAUAACUCAUAUGUAUGGCAAUGCAGGAAGAGAUGACCUGUGGAACAAGUUCUCUGAGGCGAUGCAGAAGGAAGGAAAGGAUAUAAAUAUAAAGGAAGUGAUGGAUCUCUGGACACUGCAGAUGGGCUACCCGGUGGUCACCAUCAUGAAGAAUGACAGCGUGGACAACAGCGUAACGAUCAGCCAGGAACACUUCAUCUCUGACAUCAAGGAUUCUGCACCCUCAAACAGCAGCUUCCAGUGGCAAAUUCCAUUAACGAUUUCAGUAGGAAAUUCAAGUCACAUUUCCCCCGAAUCAAUCAUAUGGAUUUCUAAUAGAUCAGAAUCCCACAAAAUUGGCUCAGUGGAUGAUGGGAGUUGGUUGCUUGGAAACAUAAACCAAAUGGGAUACUUCAGGGUAAACUAUGAUCUCAGAAACUGGAGACUUUUAAUUGAACAGUUGAUGAGGAACCCUGAGGUGAUUUCUGUCGGUAACCGCGCAGGGCUGAUCGACGAUGUGUUCAACCUUGCCAGGGCUGGAUACUUGCCCCAGAACAUUCCUCUUGAGAUAGUCCGCUACCUUUCUCAAGAGAAGGAGUUUCUGCCCUGGCAUGCAGCCAGUCGUGUGCUCUAUCAUCUUGACAAACUGCUGGACCGUACAGAAGAAUACAGCAUCUUUAGUGAAUACAUAUUGAAACAAGUCGCCUCAAUGUAUCACAAGCUCGGCUGGCCCACAAGUGCUGGGAAUGGCACUAAUACUCAAGCCACUUAUCAGACUGAGGAGCUGCGUCGAGAAGUUAUUAUGUUAGCUUGCAGCUUUGGGAACAAGCACUGUCACCAGCAGGCAAUAACUCUUAUUUCUGAAUGGAUAUCAAGCAACAAAAACAGAAUCCCACCAAAUGUCAGGGACAUUGUUUACUGCACUGGAGUGUCGCUAAUGGACGAGGAUGUCUGGGAGUUCAUAUGGAUGAAAUUCCACUCGUCGACUGCUAUCUCCGAGAAGAAGGUGCUGCUGGAGGCACUGACUUGCAGUGAUAACACUUUCUUAUUGAACAGACUGCUGAACCUCUCUUUGAGCUCUGAUCUGGUUCCUGAUCAGGAUGUCAUUGACGUCAUUAUUCACGUGGGCCGCAACCCGCAUGGCAGACAUUUAGCCUGGAAGAACUUCAGAGAAAAGUGGGACAUUUUAAAUACCAGAUAUGGAGAAGCCUUGUUUAUAAAUUCCAAACUCAUUAAUGGUGUUACAGAGUUUCUAAACACAGAGGCUGAGCUUAAUGAGCUAAAAGACUUUAUACAGACCAACGGAGGUGGGGCUGCGGCUGCCUUUGCACGGGCUCUGGAAAUUGUGGAAGCUAAUGUGAGAUGGCACAGCCUCUUUGAAGAAGAGUUUUUCCAGUGGCUUAGGAAAUCCCCAACCAGUUAAUCUGUGACAAUUAUACAUAUUUAUAGCAUGGCAUCUCUUUGAAACAUUUUUACUCUUAAAAAAAUAAAAUAAAAUGAUAGUAAUGUAAGACAGAGAAGAACUUGAUCUGAAUUGCAAAUUUUCCUGCAAUAUGAAAAGAAACCUUUGGUGUGGUGUAUUUUCCCUGUCAACAUCAGUCUUGCAUUUGCAGGGCAAAAGAAUGUUAUUAAAAAUGUAUUGCAUGAUGUUAUUUCUCUUCAGUUGAGGCAUUUUUAAUUGCAGAGUAUUUUUUGUGCAUGGUUUUUCAAUCCCUCACUGGUAUUCCAGCAUGCUGAUUUGCAGUACAAGAUUUCCCAGUCCUGUGUAGCUAAAUUACUCUCAUGUACGACACACACACAAAAGAGAAACUGGCAUUAUUAUACAAUUGUUUAAAGCACAACGACUAAUGACAAUCAGUGUUUUCAUUUGGAAAAAUCUAAAUCUCUUCAGAAGAAGGCUCCAAAUUAAAGAAACAGUGUACUAAUAUAAAGUUAUUGUACAGGUGUAUGUUAUUAUGCAAACCAAACAACAUAGUAAUUGAAUACAGAUUCCUGUAGCUGCAACAUCAGAGCUAUCAGCUGCAGAAACUUGUGUGUGUGUGUGUGUGUGUGUGUGUGUGUAUAUA